AUGACAACUGCAAUCAAAGAAAUGCAAUAUAAAGAAUUUAAUCCAUAUAAACUUGCUUUUUAUAGUAGUUUAGGGUACUGGGCAAUAGAUAUGAUUAUGUAUCCUUUAGACACAAUCAGUACCAAAAUCAAAUCUUACUCAAAAGAGUUUCUUUCUUUUAGGAAAGGCUUUCAUUAGGUCAUCAACCAUGGAGGAUAUAAGAGUUUAUUUAGAGGAUUUUCUACUACUUUCCCUUGUUGUUUUGUUCCUCAGUUGAUUUAUUUCUCUGCCUAUGAGAGUUUAAAUAGAUUAGGAAUGAAGUAUAUUAACAACAUCAAAAGUGAUAAUUUACAGACCUACUUCAAACUUGGAUUGCCUCUUUUUACAGCUUCUGUUUCAGAGAUAUUAUGCCUUAUUCCUUAUAUGCCUUUCGAUGUUGUAAGGACUCGCCUUCAAAUAAAUGAUCCAAAUUUCUAAUAUAGAGGAUUAUUUUAAGGAGUUAGAGAAAUAUCAGAAAAGGAAGGAUUGAUCAGACUCUACCAAGCAAGUCCAAUUUAUAUAGCUACAGUAACAGCAUAGGUGAGUGUCUUUUUUUGGCUUUAUGAGAUGCAAAGAUACUUACUUUUACAUAAUAGUAACCAAACUGAAUCGAAUGGUAAACAUAAGUUGAGUUUAGCUCAAAGUGUAAUGGUAGGAUUUAAUAGCUCUUUGUUUGCAACUUUUAUUGUUAAUCCUUUUGAUUUGGUACUAACUCGUUUUUAAAUGAUAGAUUCAAAUUAGUAAACCUUAUCAGUAAAAAGCUUAAUUAAAGGAGUUGUUAAAAAUGAAGGAUAUAUAGGAUUCUUUAAAGGAAUAACUCCUCGUCUAUUUAUCUCCUGUGGAAACUCCAUUCUAUUCAUGCCAAUUUAUGAACAUUUCAAAAACUUAUAUGGCGUUGAUCUAAGUUCAAAUGACUGA